CGCCGCCCUUCUGGUCCGUCCGUCACGCAACAAGUUAUCGAGCUUCACUGCCUAUCUGAAGCAUGCUUGAGUGAUCAGCCGCCACCCUUUGCGAUAUGACAGCAUUCUUUGUGUAUUAAUUGUAGCCGCUUUCCUCCCCCGCCAGAUUUGAGAAGCAUAUUCUCGUCCGCGUGGACCGCUCCCACGUUUCGAUGCGCCCGUCUCCUGUUGGAAGCUAGAGGUCAGGGUCGAGCAGAAAACGUACCAAAGCACAGCCAAAAAAAGAGCGCCGGGGAUUGCCCUUAGUUAUUCGUGUUAAACCUACAUCAGAAUGACGAACCGGUCGAGUCCGCCGUCGGAGCACUCCAUCGACUCCGAGCCGGUGGACCUGGGGUCGACACCCCAAUCUCUUGCGCGCGCCGUCCACGCCAGAAGAGCCGAGUAUGUCCGCCCGCACAAGGUGCGAGUCAAGAUUGGCACAUGGAACAUCGCUGCCUGCCCCGGCACGGAUAAGGACCUGGCGAGCUGGCUGGUUGCUGGCGGUGGCCUCGACAAGAGCUUCGCGCGGAUGGACCUGUCGCGCAACACGGCGGUCGAGCACAGAAGGUUGAAGUCGACAGACGGGGACGCAGACUCGGUGCAUUUGGUCGGUGGCAACGAAAUCGGCCUCUACGUUCUGGGACUGCAGGAGGUCGUGGAUCUUAGCCUUACGAGGGACUACGUGAACCGCACCGUCUACACGGACAAUUCGCCCAUGGACCGCUGGCAGGGCGCAAUCGAAGCAGCCUUGCCCCCCGGCUACCAGAGAAUCGCCGCCGAGCAGAUGACUGGGCUGCUCCUCCUCAUCUACGCUUCUCCCGAAAUCGCGCCCACGAUUACCAAUGUCAGCACGAAGCAGGUGGGGACUGGAGUGCUGGGUUAUUUUGGAAACAAAGGCGCCGUCACCACGAGAAUCGUCCUUGGCGAGACGACACGAAUGGUUUUUGUCAACUGCCACCUGGCGAGUGGUGCGGGCGCAUCAUAUCUCGACCGUCGAUGCUGGGACGUGGGACAGAUCCUUUCCAAGACCCAGUUCGACCCGGUGGUGCACUCCGGCGUGGCGGAAGACGACGGCGAAAAGAUAGGCGACGAAGACUUUGCCUUUUGGCUUGGGGACCUCAAUUUUCGUCUGGACGGGCUGCCGGGUGAAGAUAUCAGGAGGCUGCUGACGCUACAUACUCGAGGCGAGUAUGACUUGACCAGCGACAAGCCAUCCGCGCCGCUGGACGGCGAAGGCGUCAUAGUCAUGAAGAAGAAUACGGACAGUGAUGACGAGGACGAUACCACGAUACCCCCAUCCGUCCACUCGGCGGAACAGAGCUUUGACUCGGAGACAUCACUCCCUGACCCCGACGACUUCCCCGAGGACCCAAGCCAGGACCCGACAUCAUUGCAGGCAACGCUUGACUCUCUGCUGCCACACGAUCAGCUCCGACGGGUCAUUGCGCAACGCAAGGCUUUCGAAGACGGGUGGCGAGAGGGCCCCAUUACAUUUCUCCCUUCCUACAAGUACGAUGUCGGGACUGUUGGCCUGUUUGACUCUAGUGAAAAGCGACGCUCUCCUAGCUGGUGCGAUCGCAUCCUGUAUCGCACUCGCAGGGACAAAAUGAUUCAUGACAAGCGUAUCGCGGACGAAAAGGCGGCUAAGCAGAAAGACGAAGAGAUGAAGUCACGGGGACUGGAGGAAGACGAUGACGUUCUGUUUAGUUACAAUCCAGACACAGACGCCGACGACCAGGCUGGUGGAAAACCAGGCCUAGACUAUGACGAGUACGACGAGGCAGCUGACAGCCAAGAUCAAGCUGGCGAAGUCGUGACAAAGGAGGGCUUCGUGGAUCGCAUCAGCCAAGACAUCUACACGUCACACCAGCGCAUAACAUCCUCCGAUCACAAGCCCAUAAUAUCAGUGUUCACGCUGGAGUACGACGCUGUGGUACCAGAAUUGAAGGCCAAGUUGCACGCAGAAGUGGCACGUGAACUUGACAGGGCGGAAAACGAGGGCCGACCCGGGGUCACGCUGGUUGUUGAAGGCAACAAAGAUAACGACAAUGCUGUCGACUUUGGCCAAGUCGCAUUCUUGGAGCGCAAAACAGCCGUUGUGAUGAUUGCCAACACGAGCGGCGUGCCGGCGACCUUCUCCUUUGUGGAGACGCCCACAACGGAGGAAAGCGACUGCGCAUGCCUGUCUUGGCUGAAAACCUUCUUCAUUCGGCCAGAUGAGGCCAUGUACGACAGGCUGGGACGCACAGUAACAUUGGAACCAGGAGAGACGGUCCUUGCACACAUAGAAGCCCAGGUGUCAACCAUCUUCCACCUCAGGUCUCUCAAUGACAGGCAAGACAAGAUUGAGGACGUGCUAGUGCUUCGAGUUGAGGACGGUCGUGACCAUUUCAUACCCGUCCGUGGCAUGUGGCUUCCUACCUGCUUCGGGCGAUCCAUCGAUGAGCUGAUCCGUGUCCCGGAUGGAGGCAUCAGGAAGUUUGUGUCUGACAUGGGUAUCAAGGGUACCAUACCAUACGAUUCGGAUGUCCAUUGCUCGGCGCCCAAGGAGCUUUUCAAAUUGACGGAAGCUAUCCAAACCCUGGCAGAGCGGUGCGUCGCCGACGAGGCCAUGCUUGAGGACCUGAAGCUGCCACAGGACCCAGGGUGGCCCCUUGACGCAUCGACAUGGUCCGCCGGAUUGAUGGAGCAGGACGCAAUCAAGGCCGGGAUCGUGGCGGCCCUGGAUACGGAUACAUCCAUCUUCGAAGCGAUGCCGGUAGAGCUUUCGUCGGCGCACAAGUUGGAGUUGCUGUCAGCAGUGCUUCUUCUCUUCCUGGCUUCGCUCGUCGACGGGCUUGUGCCGCCUCAUCUUUGGGCCAAGCUCUCGACAUGCCUCCCCAGCCUUACAUCACUGCCAGAGGCAGCUUGGCCUGACGUCAAGAACCAGGUGCUGGACGUGUUAUCGACGGCUCCAAACCACAAUAUCGCCUUCGUCUUCCUCACCUCGACAGUGUCGCGAAUCGCGUCCGAGCUCAGCCCCGCCACGUCUGCCGACCCCUCACGGAGCUUGAGCCGCCGUCUCAGCUUUCGCAAAAGUGACGACGACGGUACGAGACGAAGACGGGUCCGCGAAAAGCGAUAUGCAGAGAUCAUGGGCCCACUGGCCUUUCGAGGAAACGAAAAAGACCGCGGUAUGAAAGAAAAGGAGCGCAUCGUCAUCGAAAUGUUUCUCAGACGAGAAGCUGACGGCUAGGGGCGAGAGCCGAUUCAAGCUACUCGGCGGCGGAGCUGGACGAGUGUCCGGUCAUGGAUCAGGUGUCGCGCACACAAGAAGUCACGAUGAUCGAGAAGCCGUUAUGUACGAGCGCAGCGGAUUAGCCCGGGCGGCAAGUGUAGUAAUGUCCCGUGUAGAGCAGGAUCGCGGGCGCUGUCCCGGUGCAUUAAUCAGUCUGGUUGGCACUCUAAAUGCUGGAAUAAUGAUACCUUACUUUGCAUACUAAACGGUGCAAGCGGCUGCCCCCCCCUCGAUGUACAAAGAACCUGCCCGCGGUCAAGACGUCCAAGUUUUCCCUGCCACCGCUACUAUCCCAUGUGAUGAUGCUUUGGGAAGGAGGGACUCCCGCACUAUCUGCACGGUUUACAUGGAAGGAGGCAACGACGCACGCGGUUUCUGGACUCACACAAGCCGCGAGAAGACAUCACCACGUGUUGCAAAAUCUCUCUUCAUCCCUGCACUCGUACGAUUCGAGAGAACCUGUUGGUGGCCUCAAGGCCCAGGCCUGCGCGGCCCUUUCCUCCGAUCCCUUCCGACACUCGACGGAUUACGCCGGACGAAAGACGCUGUGAGAAGUCAAUUUCGAGACGACAAAGAUGCAUAUGCAGUGCAGUUAAUUGUCGG